AUGUCUGCCAGGCUUGCAGGAGGCGAAAGUUGGGAUGCGACGGGAAGUCACCUGAAUGUGGUCAAUGUAUAUUUUCAGGACUCAGAUGUGAUGGCUACCCAACAGACUGGAAAUUUCUGGAACACAAUGCCUCGAAGUCUUCAAAUCGAAGACGAGACAAAGCAAACCCAGUGGAAACCAAAACAGCAGCGUCACUCGUUAGCCAACAAUUACACGCAAUUUCAGCUGGACCCCUAA